AUGAAGUUCUUAAUUUGUUUAGCUUUGAUAGCAUUUACAUAGGCAGUUGUGAUUAAACAUGCUUCAAAUCCACAUGCUGCAGUAUUUGCCUAGCUUGAGAACCUUGAGGAUAAUCCUUUAGGAAAAAAGAUUCUUGACACAAUCGCCCUCCAAAUGAAAAACCAAUCUCCUUUAUCUGACAUUGCUAAAAUGCUUUAAGAUUUAAGAGAGAAUUUAGUUCUUUAAUAAUAAGAUGCUGAAUUAGUUCACGUUGCUUAAGAGGCUGAUUGCGAAGCUGAAAUCUAUGGAUACAAUAGAAGAAUUGAAUUCGCUUCAAAUGAAAUCACUGAAGCAACUAUGGAUAUUAAUAAAUACACUUCUGAUAUCGAACUUUUGGAAUAAGAAAUUGAGAAUUAAGUUAUUUAAUUAAAUAUCCUCAACUAAUAAGAAGAAUAAUUGAGAGAACAAAGAGCUGAAGAUCAUGCUGCUUAUGAGGAAAGAGAAAUUUAAACACCAAAAGUAGUUGAAGCUCUUGACGUUAUUGCUGCCAAAUUAAGUGCCAUCCAACCUGAAGCUGAUGCUGAAGUUGUACUUGCUGAAUUAGAAAGAGUCGGUGGAGAGAAUCCCAUCCUUGCUCUCGUUUAGUUAGCUUCAACAUUUUCAGCUGAAAAAUUAUAAAGCGUUUAAGCUAAAAUUGGAGAGUUGAGAGCCUCCUUGGAAUAAGCUUUAAUUGAUGACAGAGAAUAAGAGAUCCAAUCCUAACUCAAUUUCGAAGCUUAAAUUUACUAAAUUGAAGAAUAAAGAGAAGCCAUUCAAUCUGCUAAGGCUGAAGCUGAAACCAAGGUUGUUUAGGUUGAGCAUAUGUUGGCUGCUGCUAAAAAGAGAAAGUAUGAUGCAGGAAGAGAAUUAGAGUCUGCUACCAAUGGAAAGAAGAUGAAGGAGGCUCAAUGUGAUAAUUGGAGAUCAUUAUAUGCCAGAGAUACUGAAUAAAGAUCAACUGAAAUCAGUAUCAUCAGAUAGGUUGAAUAAAUCUUGGCUACCAAAUUAGAAGGUGCUUCCAGUUACAUCAAGGGAAGAAUCAACUGAGUAUAAAUUUUAAUUUUUAAACUCUUUUUUCU